AUGGUACACUUUCAGGUGAUAUGUGAUGAUUGGAAAUCGGUCCUUGUGGAUGAAUUUGUAGAGAUCACUUUUAGUCGUGAACCGCAAUGCAAGGAGAUACUGCAGAUCACAACCCAGAUAAGGAUGGAAUUGAACCGAGGUCUGCAAAGGAAGUUGUAUGGUCAAGACUUCAGUGCUCGGAUACUCACUGAUUUGAUAAAUCGGCUCGCUUACCAGCUCUGUGAAGGGGACAUUGAGAUUUCUAUGAAACGUAUGGUCCACCCUCCGAAGACUCUGGAAGAUGUUGGCUUUUUCACACCUGAUGGAGAGGUCGAGCUUGAAUUGGAAGACCCACCAGUGGAUCAGUCAAUGAAAGUUGAAGCAGUAGAAGACGAGGACGGGGAGGACAGUGAGGAAAGAACGAGAUCAGACGUGCCUUCUGCAAGCGGUGACGUUCAUUCUGUGAAAGAAGAAAAGAUUAAAACGGAAAGGAAGCCUACAUACUACGAACUGUUGCAACAACGCAUGCGAGAACGUGAGACUGCUGUAGGAGUGGAACAAACACAGGAGAAAAAACCUCGACUUGAAUGA